AGUCAGGCUACACAGAACAAAGGAAACUGGAGAGAGAAGAGUGUGCAAGAUGGCAUCCGUCUUCCGGAGCGAAGAGAUGUGUCUGAUGCAACUUUUUCUUCAAGUGGAAUCUGCCUAUUGCUGUGUGGCGGAACUCGGAGAGCUGGGUCUGGUUCAGUUCAGAGAUUUGAAUCAAAAUGUGAACAGCUUCCAGAGGAAGUUUGUAAAUGAAGUAAGAAGAUGUGAAUCCUUGGAGAGAAUUCUUCGUUUCUUGGAAAGCGAAAUGGAUGAUGAUGUACAGCUUCCCAAGUCUGAAAAGUAUCCAGAGACUCCUCUACCUCGAGAAAUGAUUGACCUAGAAACGAUUCUGGAAAGAUUGGACGGGGAGUUGCAAGAAGCCAAUAACAACGUGCAAACUUUGAGGCAGAACUUUUUAGAACUCACAGAACUGAAACAUCUCCUGAAGAAAACCCAGGACUUCUUUGAGAGGGAAACUAAUUUGCCUGAUGAUUUCUUCAAUGAAGACACUUCUGGCCUAUUGGAAUUAAGAAGCACUCCUGCAGCAGUUGCAGCAAAACUGGGAUUCAUAGCUGGAGUGAUCAAAAGGGAAAGGAUGGGCCCCUUUGAACGUCUGCUGUGGAGAGCCUGUCGAGGAAACAUCUAUCUGAAGUUCAGUGAAAUGGACACUCCCCUGGAGGACCCGGUCACUGUAGGUUUAGAUGAGUCUUCCAUUUUGUUACCUCUGGGCUGUUUGGUUAUGACUAUUUUAAAAUUCUAUUUGUGUUGCAUUUCUUUCUCUCAGAAAGAAGAGAUGAAAAAGAACGUCUUCAUUAUCUUCUACCAAGGGGAGCAACUCAAACAGAAAAUCAGGAAGAUUUGUGAAGGAUUCCGUGCUACAGUGUACCCCUGUCCUGAGUCCGCUGCAGAACGUCGAGAAAUGGCUGAUGGGGUGAAUACAAGGAUUGAAGAUCUGAACACAGUGAUCACCCAAACAGAGUCCCUCCGCCAGGAGCUGUUGCAGCAGGCAUUUACAAACCUGUGGACCUGGGAGAUCAAGGUGAAGAAAAUGAAGGCCAUCUACCACAUCCUUAACUCUUGUAACAUUGAUGUCACACAGCAGUGUGUUAUUGCUGAGAUCUGGUUCCCCGUGGCAGAUGCUGGUCGGAUAAAGAAAGCUCUACAUCAAGGAAUGGAACGUAGUGGCUCUACAAUCAACCCUAUCCUGACAGCAGUUCAGUCCAGGAUGGCUCCUCCUACCUUUAACAGAACCAAUAAGUUCACUGCAGGCUUCCAGACAAUUGUGGAUGCCUAUGGUGUGGGAACUUACAGAGAGCUCAACCCAGCUCCCUACACUAUAAUUACCUUUCCCUUUCUGUUUGCGGUGAUGUUUGGCGAUUGUGGUCACGGUGCUGUUAUGCUUGGUUUUGCCCUCUGGAUGAUCCUGAAUGAAGAAUCCCUUUUAUCCCAGAAUAACGAUAGUGAGAUCUGGAAGACCUUUUUUGGCGGUCGCUACCUGAUUCUGCUCAUGAGCAUCUUUUCCAUCUACACUGGCUUCAUCUACAACGACUGCUUCUCAAAGUCAUUCAACAUUUUUGGGUCUUCCUGGCAUGUCACCCCCAUGUUCAAUAGUACAUGGAAUGACGAAAUUCUUAAAGAAAAUGAUUUUCUGCAGCUGGACCCAAACGUGACAGGAGUGUUCUCUGGAAAUCCCUAUCCUUUUGGAAUUGAUCCGGUAUGGAACAUUGCUAAGAACAAGCUGACAUUCUUGAAUUCUUUCAAAAUGAAGAUGUCUGUUGUCAUGGGGAUUACACACAUGGUCUUUGGCGUUAUUCUCAGCCUCUUCAAUCACAUUUAUUUCAAGAAAACCAUAAACAUCGUCCUCCAGUUCAUCCCAGAGAUGAUCUUCAUCCUCUCCCUGUUCGGUUACCUGGUUUUUAUGAUUAUUUUCAAGUGGUGCAAGUAUGAUGCCAGAGUGGCCCAAACUACUCCAAGCAUCCUUAUCCACUUUAUCAAUAUGUUCCUGUUUAGUUACAAUGAUGAGACAAACCUCCCCUUAUAUCAGCAUCAGCAAGAAGUGCAGACCUUCCUGGUAAUUAUUGCCGUGCUUUCUAUUCCGUGGAUGCUAUUGAUUAAGCCCUUCAUCCUUCGUGCUAAUCACCAGAAAGCUCAGCGUAUGCUGGUAUCUCCUGAAAUAUCAGAGAGUCCCACCGGUGACAUUGAGGUGGAGAUCAUUAAGUCUAACCUCUCCGAGAAACCAAGCCAAGAAGACCACAGUGAUGGUGGCCAUGAGGGACAUGAUGACAACGAUGAAGAGUUCAACUUUGGAGACAUCUGUGUGCAUCAGGCUAUCCACACCAUUGAGUACUGUCUAGGUUGCAUUUCCAACACAGCCUCCUACCUUCGGCUCUGGGCGCUCAGCUUGGCACAUGCGCAGCUCUCAGAGGUCCUCUGGACCAUGGUGUUCCACAUAGGACCUUCCUUUAGUGGCUGGGGAGGACUCAUCGUCAUCUUCAUUAUCUUUGCUGUCUUUGCUGUUCUGACUGUAGCCAUUCUGCUAAUCAUGGAGGGCCUCUCCGCCUUCCUGCACGCUCUGCGACUUCACUGGGUAGAGUUCCAAAACAAGUUCUACUCUGGGUCAGGCUAUAAAUUUAUACCAUUCUCUUUUAAGAACAUCAUAGAAGGAACAGAAGAAUGAAACUUGAUUAGAGCAAAGAAGUC